ACCGCAGACUUAGCCAUCAGCGAAGCCCCCGUGCUUCCCUUGGAAACUGUCCUGUUUAUUUUCUGAUUAUAAGGUCGCCCAUUUCUGAAUUUUCUUUUGCGUUUCUUGUGCGAGGACUAGCGCAAUAAUUGGAAACGGAGAGUGUGCAACACGUUGAAAUUAAAACACAUUGUGGAAUGCACGAAAUGAAUUAAAAUAAAAGUGAGAGCGUAUCCACGUCACAGCGCUUGGGGAGGGCAGUGAGACUUAAAAUGCUGUGAAUGUGACAGUCGCGAGUCCAGUCUACCAAAGUGAGGAAGGUGAUGUGAUGAACCGGGUUUAACCGUUCAAAGAAAUGUGAAAAAAAAAUAAAAAAUAAAAAAAAAAAACGUAAAAAAUAAGAUAACAAAAACAUCUGCCAACAGGCUGGUGGAAGACAGGAAAGACAUGGCUUUUUAUUCUACAAGUGACUGAAUACAUCUGUACCAAGCAUCUGGGUUAACGGAUACCGUCUGAAAGAGGGAGUGCGAGAUAAAGGAGGAAUAAUAAUUAUUAAGAGAAACUUUACCCGUGGGGGGAAUAAAAGGAUGACAGUGGUGCCUGGUGAGAAAGUGGACGAGACGGUGUCACUGACAGCCCACGAUGCCUAUGAUUUGGAGCAAGUGGAUCAGGAUUGCUGCGAGAGGGUGGUCAUCAACGUCUCCGGCUUACGCUUUGAGACCCAGCUCAAGACCCUUGCGCAGUUCCCCAAAACCUUGCUGGGGGAUCCUAGGAAAAGAAUGCGCUUCUUCGAUCCCUUGCGGAACGAAUACUUCUUCGACAGGAAUCGUCCCUGCUUCGAUGCAAUCCUUUAUUAUUACCAGUCUGGCGGGAGACUGAAGCGACCGGUCAAUGUACCUGUCGACAUUUUUAUGGAGGAAAUCAAAUUUUACGAGUUAGGGGACGAGGUGAUUAAGAAUUUCAAGGAGGAUGAAGGUUUUAUAAAAGAAGAAGAGCGCCCAUUACCCGACAACGAAUACCAACGCCAGAUCUGGCUGCUCUUUGAGUAUCCAGAUAGCUCGGGACCUGCUCGGGGCAUUGCCAUCGUAUCUGUGCUGGUUAUUUUGAUAUCUAUUGUCAUAUUCUGUUUGGAGACACUGCCAGAGUUCAGAGAAGAAAACAGACACACUGAAAGCCACUUUGCCACCAACGGGACCCACCAUAUUAAGCCCAAUCCGUUCACUGACCCGUUCUUCAUCGUGGAGACACUUUGCAUUAUCUGGUUUUCCUUUGAGCUCAUGGUGAGGUUCUGUGCCUCCCCGAGCAAGCCGGCUUUCUUUAAAAACAUCAUGAACAUGAUCGACCUAGUUGCCAUCAUUCCUUAUUUCAUCACCCUGGGCACCGAGCUGGCUGAGCACCAGGGAAACGGACAACAAGCCAUGUCCUUGGCGAUCUUAAGAGUCAUUCGUCUGGUCAGAGUCUUUAGGAUUUUCAAGCUCUCCAGACACUCUAAGGGGCUCCAGAUCCUAGGAAAGACGCUCCAGGCGAGCAUGAGAGAGCUGGGGCUGCUGAUAUUCUUUCUGUUCAUUGGUGUUAUUCUGUUUUCCAGCGCUGUCUAUUUCGCAGAAACAGACGACCCAUCCUCAGUGUUUACCAGCAUCCCAGAGGCGUUCUGGUGGGCGGUGGUAUCCAUGACCACUGUGGGUUAUGGUGACAUGUAUCCUGUUACAAUUGGUGGCAAAAUUGUAGGUUCCUUGUGUGCCAUUGCAGGUGUGCUGACAAUUGCGCUGCCGGUGCCAGUGAUCGUCUCAAAUUUUAACUACUUCUAUCACAGGGAGACCGAGCAUGAGGAUCAAUUCCAGUACACACAUGUAACGUGCGGGCAGCAGCAGCCCUCUGAACUCAAAAACAGUAACAGCCAACCUUCUAUUAGCAAAUCAGAUUACAUGGAAGAAACCGAUUUAGAUGCAUUCAAAUAUACCAACUGUACCCCCCAAAAGCGAUACACAGGGAAGCUAACUGAUGUAUGAACCGAAACGAAAAUGGACAACGUGAAAAACAACGUACAUUUUUCAUUCAGCACUUUUGCUUAAAUAAUAAACAAACUAUUAUGUAGAGUAUUCCUAAUGCGCAGAAGCGAGGAAUACUCUGACAUUUGGAAGCCUAUGCAUGGUUUGUGAACCGUAUUGUUAUUUUAUUAUUAUUAUUUUUAAAUAUAAUUAUUAUUGCUUUCCACAAGCUGUCUUCCACUUUUAUACAUCCGUCGUCAACAACUUGCUUUUAAAACAUUAAAAAUAAAUAACAUGCAAACUGGGAUUUCAUGCAUAUGCCCUUUAUCCCCGUCUUUAUCGCACUUUAUUACAAAAAAAAAAUGUGAUCAAAGCGCUCAUGCCAAAUGAAUUCAUAAAGAUAAGGAAACCAUUUCAUUUGCACAACGCCAGAAGCGUUGUCUGGGAUGGAACACUGAGAGACACCGACGCUUUAGGUUAUGUGUGAGAAUGAAGGCUGAGGAUGGAGCUCAAAUCCUAACAUAAAUUGUUAAUAAAUUGAACAGGCGGAAUAUUUGACAAUGGACAGCACAAUCUAAGUUAAACGGCAGCAAGGUCAUUCUAUGUGGCGGAGACGACCUGCCUUGUGUUUUCUCAUGUGGUCACGUAUUUUCCAUGAGAGUCACUCUAAAAGCAUCACUCACACCGUUAAUUACAAGGAAUUAACUGAGUUAGACGGAUUCUUGCCACGAUGCUAUGGCUUUUUCUAGUUGAAACACACCAUUGCUUUUGUGCGAGUGUAUUUGAAAAGGCAACUGGCAUACGGGACGUGACUACUAGACAGAAAGCCAACAAGCCACUCAUCGCAUCUCUGUUAAAAAACUGUCCACCACAAUCCUUAUGUACGUAUAUUUUGCUGCCAGCAUUGAUCAACAGCCCUUUUAAUCCUGACUGUCCCUUCUUUUCUUCCAGUCAACCGAGCGUUUUUGUACUGCAGCGAUAAUUCAGCUUUUUAAAACGUUGUUUAAAAUAAUGAAAAGUAUAUUUGAUUUGCACAUAAUAUACAAUUAUGUUUAGAUCAGAAGACAUGGAUUUAAUUUUUGCGCUCGCCCUCUCCGCACCAACAUGCUCAUUAUCUGAAAGUGCCUGUUAAGAUAAGAACGUCGGGGAGUACGUAAAAUAUAUUUUCGUUAUUUUUUUUUAAUUAUAAUUAUUAUUAAUGACAAAUUAUUUUAUCAUGUAAGUAGCCAGUGUUUACCAUGUUGGAAAUGAAAAAGACUACUCUAAAACAGUAUCUUAGUGCGCCACUGUGUGGUAGAAUGAGAAUCAAACAAGCGUCUUUCGAGAUCCGGGUUUCUAUAGCAACCUUCCAGCCGGUUCUUCAUACAGAACAAUACCUCUUGACAUUGGUAACAGACAAAACCAGAUAUUCAUUAUGGUGUUCACUUUAACGAGAAAGAACUAAAUAAAUACAAAUCAAUAAAGACCGAUGUUAUCUUCCCAGUUACUGUAAUUAAAUGCAUCUUUACGGCCUGUGCAAAUGUACAAGGGCAUUUAGCAGUCAACCCUUAAAAUGUUGUCAUCUUAAACCAACUAUAUGACGUUCUGUGUGCUACCAAAUGCCAUACGGCACUGACUGCCAUGACUUUGGGAAUCAAUUGCAAACAUUUUCUCAUGUUUCGCAAAAACGUAAUACCAAUGGCUCUUGUACGGGAAUAACGAUUUUAUACAGGAGCUGUUAUUUUAAAAAUCCAUUAAGUUCUUCAUGGCUAAAAUAGUUUAAGCAAAGACAACAUAGUAGUCUGUUGGUAUUGGUUGCAGCAGAUACAGUAGCUAUCAAGUGGAUUGCAAGCAAAUUACCAUCUUUCUUUUCUAAAAUCAAAACGUGAUACUUUUAUGUGAACCUUGAUGCAAUAAUGAGGAUGCUGGAGGGGAUAUCGAUCUUGACCUUCGUAAAAAAAACAACAAAAUAAAAAACACUACACGUUCAACAAGGAAAUAUAUCAAUACCCAAAAGGCCAAAGCAAAAUAUACAGCAACAUUCACAUGCCUCUCUGUAAUUAGCUACUGAAACGAAAUCCUUUAAUUCUAGAAAGGCAGAAAAAUCACAUGUGGUUGUUAAAAGUGAAAGGUGGUGAUUCUUUAAUAUGAGGGAAAGAGUCAUUGGAAACAAUGACGUGAUUCUGAUGCUGUGCAGCUCUAAAUACGAUCGCGCGCUGGCAGGAGGAAGUAAAGAAACAAGCGUUCCGCAUUUGCUAUGAAUAAAAGCUGCGCUCGUGCUAGUCAAGAUCUGGUCCUGCAAGUUACAGCAAGACGUGGAAUCGCACCAGCUGAAAGGGACUUUGCAACGACGUGUCUUCCUGUGAAAUGGAAUAGAAACGACGGUGCAUUGGCAAACGAGGACGUUUGGUUGACGAUAAAAGGAGAAAUGCCUUUUAGUCCACAACUUUAAACACCAGCUGCUGAUUUCACCACAUGCACCCUAUAGUAAGGCAAAGCAAGGUAAAGCGAGAGGAUACAGAAGCACAGAGAUGGCCUCCCACGCCCCUACCCCCACUCUCCCUAAAAAAAAGGGAAAAAAGAAAAAAACCCACAAAAAACAGACUAUUUUCACCAGCAAGACAAUAGACAACAGACUUAGAUAGUUCUUCAGACAUCUUUAUUUGUUACAUGAACCAGUUUGAAAACGCAUCAAGCAAUGACCCCCCUCCUUCUGUGAGGUUCAAAAGCACAAAGCAAAGAUUCUGUACAAGGGGGAAAUGAAGACCAGACAGCUCUGUAACUUGGUACUCCAGCUUAUUGUGUGAAUAACUUACAUUCUGAAUUACUGUAUGGACAAAGAGCACUAAUGAUCCCAAGAAAGCUGCAUUUCAUGAAAACUGGUGUAUGGUUAAGUAAUUCUAAUGAUUAUGUAAAAUUCAAAACUAUAUUGUAAAAUGCGAUAUGUGAAAUGCAUAAAGUAUUAUUAUUAUUAUUAUUAUUAUUAUUAUUAUUAUUAUUAUUAUUAUUAUUAUUAUUAUUCUUUUAAAAGUUAACUGCCAACACCAUCCAUCUACUUUGCCAUCUUCAGUAUAUACUGUACCGGUCAUAAACAGUCCAACAGGAAAAAAAAAGAACAUUUUUUGCAAAACACUUUCUUAUUUUUCUCAAUGUCAGCAUAUUGAAGAUGGCAAAGUGAUGGAUGGUGUUGGCACUGGUCAUUCACUGCAGUUUAACUUCGAAACAAAAGAUUGUUGAUGAUUAGACGUGACAAAUAACUGCACCAUACUGAAAGUGUGCAUCAAUGGAUCAAGCCAACUUGAACCACAUAUGUUUUGGUAAAAGUAGUUCCCAUUCUUCCAAAUUUUCAUAGCAUUUUUUAUUUUUUUAUUUUUUUACUUUUGGAUUGU